AUGAGAUUGUCACUUCGAAAAGGCAGGAAUGACACGUCCACUGAUAUACAUCCUGCAGCCGCUAUCCCAAACUCCGGAGAAAUCAUCACUAACGCUUCUGUUUGCAAUCUGUACGUGUCUGUAAUAUUCCCAAACUCGGGGUUGUUUCAGCUUCAACUUGGACUGGAUGAGAGUUAUUUGUUGCUCGUGGAAAAGAGAAAUGGUCAGUCUAUUAUCGGGGAGGCAUUUACACAGGAAAAUACGCUGUAUGGUGCAUUGCGAGGGUUGGAGAAGUUCAGCCAACUCUGUGCAUCUGAUUAUGAGACCAAAACAGUUCAAAUAUACAAAGCCCCAUGGUACAAUAAUGUAGACAAACCGAGAUUUGCAUGUCGUGGGCUCUUGCCUACGUCAAGGCACUAUCUGCCAAUUAAUGUCAUAAAGCAGAUAAAUGAAUCAAUGUCAUAUGCUAAACUUAAUGUCCUCCACUGGCACAUCAUAGAUGAACAGUCAUUUCCUUUAGAAGUACCGUCCUUUCCAAAUUUGGGGAAAGGUUCAUAUACAAAAUGGGAACGAUACACAGUUGAGGAUGCAUAUGAAAUUGUGAAAUUGCUGGAUCUCUGCAUCGCAUGUGAAGCAAUGAUCAUGGUUGCCAUGCUUGCAAAUGGGAAUCGGGGAAUUGCCAAAGUGCCAGGUGCUGCGGGCUGGGUGGUUGGGUCUGUGCAAAGGCUGUUGCAAAAGGUUUCAGAUGCGUCUUCAGCAAUCAGGGUUUUUGCUCGUGAUUGGAGGAGAAGUUUGCAUGUGGGCAGAGAGCUGAUGCUUCAGUUGUUCACCAAACAAUAUGGCCUUGAGCACCAGCAGGUUCCUGAGCAUGUCAAUCUGAAGCCAAUAAGCUCCCUCGGAUAUCUAUACAUCUUCAACAGUGAUUGGUUUUCCUCCAGAUAUUGCCCACAUUGUGCAUGGCCUUUUACAGGGACAGCACGUCCCUUCUGCAACCGGCUUUUCAGAAUUGUGGAUGGCAUUGAUUUCUGCAGAAUUGGGCUGGUGUUGGAUACAGCAGAACAGAAUACUAGCAUCAUGCCUGACGGUGAUGAUAGGAAUAUGCAAACUUUCUUGUACGAACCCUCAUGA